UUAUCAUAUCUAACUACAGUUUUCAUCGCCCAGAGUAAUGUCAAAGUUAUUACAAUUUCUACUAUGUUGUUGCGUAGUAGGACUAUCCUAUUGCAAGACCGAGGCCGAAGUGAAGCAGUAUUUACUGAAGCUAGGCGUGACAUGUAGCAAGGACCACAUGAUCACACCCGACGAGAUGGUCAUGCUGCAAAAACACAAGAUGCCCGACAGCGAGAAUGCGAGGUGCUUGAUGGCUUGCGUUUAUAGGAAGGCCACUUGGAUGGAUGAUAAAGGCAUGUUUGACGUAGCUGCAGCUUCAGCGAUGGCUGAAAAAGAUCACGGAGAAGACGCCACUAUGACUAAAAAUUCCAAGAAAUUAUUCGAUCACUGCAAAUCAGUAAACGACGAAACCGUAAAAGAUGGAGAGAAAGGAUGCGAAAGAGCAGCUUUGUUGUUCAAUUGCCUAACUGAAAAUUCUUCUAAGAUGGGAUUCAAAAUAUAAAUGUUUAAAUUUCCAAAGCUCCACAUUGUCACUAUCAUGCGUCGGUAAGGAUCAUAAAUAAUUUUAAU